GGACAAAAGCUAAUAAAUGCUGUAGAAUAAUCGCUAGUUGAUGUUAGCUGAUGCGUUAUAAUGUUAACAAUUGGACCUUAUUGUAUGUGUUACCAAAACAAGUGUUUGUAUUGAAGUUUUACAUUGACAAUGAGUACAUUUAAUAAAAAAUGUAUAAAUAAAUUUACAAGGAAAUUGGAAACAAUAAUUACUUUACCAGUAGUAGUAACAUAAUAGAUUUGUUCUUGUUCUCAUUGCGUACUCACAACCUGCUUAUACUGCACUGUCAUUGGACGCAGUCUGAGUAACACGUGACACCCGGAAGUGUCACGCAAACAAGCAUGUUUUCUGCGUGACCUUAUAAUACAAAUCCUUGUACAAGAAACAGAAAAUGAAUAGGUGAUGUUAUUCAUUAUAAGACCAUUUAAAAACUACAAUGGACCUCAACUUGCAAUAUUGGCAAAGCAAUGACAAGUCUUUUCUGAGCCGCCUGCGUCUCUGGUUUCAUAUCCUUGACCCCAAAUCUAUAUUAUCAUCACAGACUGAAAUACAGAACGCUCGCAUUCUUCUACAAAAUGAUGGAAAUCAACAUAAAAAUGACAAGGUUGCUGAGGCCUGGUUACUGUCUCUUUCAUCUGUUCAUGCUGAUACCGGUGCUGUAAUUCCACCAGUGUUUCGUCCUCAAGUUCUUCUACCUAUAUCUGCUCCUUUGGUGGUUGCAAGUUUAAUACCCCACAAAGGAGUUAAACCUGCUUUGUUCUGGCAAUUUUUACUACAAACCUACUGUGCAGGAUUCAACCAUGCUAACCGAAAUGCAACAGCAACUUUGGAUAACAAAACGUCAUUGAAGCAGUCUCUUCUUAUUACUGGAACAGUUGCUUACUCAACAUGUGCAGGGGCUCUUCCUCAGAUUAUAGUUCAGCGUUUUAAACUAAUAAGUGCUGUGACUGAGACUUUUUCUAGAUCUGUGUUACCCAUUCCACUCUCAGUUUGUCUAGCGGCAUUCAGUGUAAUGGUGGUGAGGAGUGAAGAAGCAGAUAAUGGAAUACGAGUGUUUGAUUCUAAUGGGAAUGCUGUUGGGGUUUCCAAAAAAGUUGGAUCAAAGGCUGUGAAGGAGACGACCAUCUCAAGAGCGACCCUGUUUGGCACCACUGCAGCUGUUCCCAGUUUACUGCUUGUUGUUCUUAAAAGGGCAAAAUUUGUACAGAGGAAUCCAAUGUUAAUCGCCCCUGUUCGACACAUCAGUACCGCCAUCGUUUUUGGUCUGAUGAUUCCCGUGUCCUUCAGUCUUUUUCCACAGCUUGGCAAGAUCAAGAGGGAGGAUUUAGAAGGCGAGUUACAGUCACUUGCCAGUGAUGGAGAACUGUUUUACCACAGAGGACUCUGAUGUUGUCAUUGAAUAUCUAAUUUAUUGAGCAUGGUAUUUAUUGACACGGAUUGUGCUCACACAAAAGGACAAUAAAAAUCAACACGUAAACUAACAUACUCAUUUCCUGAUAAUCACUUGAGCAGUUUAAAGACAAAUGAGAACAUUCUUUUUUACACAUCAACAGGACCACAAAAUUGAGCAAUUACAACUUGGUAAUACCACAGGAAGACACAAGGCUAUAAAGUUUUGAAUUUGUAUUGAUUUAAGUACUUUAUUUCAUCAGUUUUAUUAUUUUUGACCGAUGCAUGUCAUUGAAAAUAGAAUUUUCCACAUAACACGCUGAAAAACAGCAUUUUUAUACUCUGCUAUGAAAGGAUUAGAAAAGGUUUAAACAUUUGAAGUAUUGUUUGAACAUAAUGGUUUCCAUUAAAUAUUGCACAUGUAUUAUCUUUAAUGGUCAAUUUACGCACAGAAAAUAAGUUUUUUUUAUGAAUGAAGACAUUUGAACCUGAUCAUGUGCAAUCCUUGAAAAGGAUGUUAAAGAAAAAUUCUGUUUUAAAACACAUUUGAGAAUAAAGUCAUUAAAAAUA